AUGUAAAAUAUAAUAUCCUUGAAAAUUCAUUUCUAUUAAGAUAAAUUUAAUAUAAUAUAUAGUAUCUUUUAAAAUUAAUUUCUAUUAAGAUUUUAUCUUUCAAAAUAUCAAACUUGUCAGUUUAUUUGUUUAUUUUAUAACUUAAAAAAAUUUUAAAAAAUAUAAAAUUUCAUUUUUAAAUAAUUAUUUUUUUUAUUAAAUUAAGAUAAAUUAAAUAAUAUCACUUUUAGAAUUAGUUUCUAUUAAGAUUUUUAUUAUUUUUAAUGUGUUUUGAUUUUUCUAUCUUAUAUAAUUUACUAUUUAACUUUACGAAAACAAUCAUUCAAUGAAAAUUAAAAAGUUAGAAAUAAUUAAUAAUAUUUAAUAACUAAAUCAAAUUUUUAAAACGAACGAACAAUUAUUUCCAUAUUAAAUCAAGAUAAAUUUAAUUUUAUAAAUAAAUAAAUAAAUACCAUUUAAAGUUAGUUUCUAUUAAGGUUAUAUAAUAUUCAAUUUUUUAUUUAAUUAAUAGAUCUAUUAGUAUAUUUAGUAAUAUUAACUAUUUUAUUAAAUACUAAUAUAAUCAAUUAACUAAAAAUAAAACAAAAAAAUAAAAUAAAUGUUAAUCUCAAAAUAAUAUUUUAAUAAUUGGUUAAAUUUUGUUUCAUCAAAAUUAGAUCACCUAUAAGAAAUUAACUUAAAUAUUAGGGGUAAAAAAAUUGA